AUGGACAAUAAACGUCCCAGGAGUUAUGCUUGUGUUGGUUACUUCGUCUAUUUCGAUAGAAUUGGACAAGACCUGGCAACUGAUAAGCAAGCGGCAAAGACAGAAUUGUCAAUAUGUGUCAGCCUUGAGGUUUUAGUGGACAGAAGAGUUUCUAACGAUGAGCCUGCUUCUGCUCCUACUCAUAUUCAUAAUAGAGAAGGGAGGGAAAUUUCAUCCUUUCUUUUCCUCUUUUCCCAUCAUCCUCAGUUCCCCACCCAGGCGCCUUCGUCUUCAAACCCCAACUCAAGCUCUCAGCCCUCAUCCUUCUUCGAGAGUCUCCUCCGAUUUUUCGCCCGAAUCUCCUCUGCUUGCGUUCGCUCCUCCCUCUGUCUCGCCGCCCUUUGCUCAGCUUCGGGAAUUAGGUUGUUGUGCUGCUAUUUGCCAUUUGAGGACAUCAGCAAAAUGAAGGCCGUGAGAUGGGAUGCGGCUAAUUUGGAGGAUAUUGAAGCAAAUAAGCCUGUGAGACAGAAAAUCAUUGAACCCAAGACACCAUAUCACCCCAUGAUUGAUGAUGUUGGCGCACAGUUUUUUUAUGAGCAUCUUUAAAUGAGAUUCCUUGCGUAGGUUCAUAGGGGGAACUAGAGAAUUUUUACUGAUGUAAGGAUAGAUGAAUUACUACACCACGAACUAGUAGUGUUUGUCCACCGUGUUGGUGGUACAAUUUGUUAUGGAGAAUCUUUUCUAUUUGUUUGUAUUUGCAAGUGGAAGAGACAUUUUGUUCUGAUGCACACCUUUAGAAAUUCUUGUUGGAUA